UUCAAGUAGUAAACAGACGCUAGAGUUCAAUUUGAAUUUCAUAAUUAUUCACUUAAAAAAUGUCAUUAUUUCCAAGGAGUUUUUGUCGAUUGAAAAUUGUCUUCAGUACUUCCAAACCAGUUUACAUAUCCCGAAACUUUAGUUUUACAGUCAAUGGAUACAUCAAAAGAUUUAGUGGCCAAAAAUAUGUUCACAAGUUCGAUGGUUCUUCAAAUCAGCACCGAAAUAUCACAACUGUUAAUUCGAAGAUGUUGACUGUGCCAAGUGGUCUGAAUCCAGAAAUACAGAAUAAAUUCAACCAAUUGGAAUAUCUCAUUUGUUUGGAUUUCGAAGCAACGUGUUGGACUCCACGUGAUUUGUACAGGGCUGAAAUAAUCGAAUUUGGUGCAGUGCUAAUAAAUCUUAAAAAUAAGGAGAUCUUGUCAGAAUUUCAUGAAUACGUGCAACCAACCAAUAUACCAAUACUCAGCGAUUAUUGUAUGGAUUUAACGGGAAUCACACAAGAAAUGAUCGAUGACAAAGAGCAUUUUCCUGUCAUUUUUCGAAAAUUUGAGAGUUGGUUAGAAUCGAUACGUGAACUGAACCAGUUAAAUUACACAAGACCCAAUAAAAGUGGCGUACAACUCGAUUGGAAUACAACAUUUUGCUCGUGGACUAAUUAUGAUUUAGGCCACUACUUCCGUCUAGAAUGUGAACGCCAUAAUAUCACACACCAAGAUUACUUUAACGUAUGGAUUGAUGCGAAAAGAUAUUUUCGAAUGAGGCACAAGGGUCAUUAUACAUUCGAAAUGGCAUUAAUAAAGUUGAAUAUUUCUCCGGUUGGCCGUGCCCAUUCGGCUAUCGUCGAUGCUAAAACCUUAGCGCAGAUGGUAUUCACGCUCUUUCAGAACAACACGAUCCUUUUCCAAGUACGCAAAGCACACAAUAAUGUUGGCGAUUGUAUUGUUCUAUUUCAACAAAAAUCGAAUUCUGAACCGACACUUUUAACUGCUCAAAGUGACAAGGAAAUUAGAAAUCAAUUCGAUUACUUGAUUUGUUUGGAUUUUGAAGAAACACGCUGGGAGACACGCACACCGGGACGUUCUGAAAUAAUUGAAUUUGGAGCGGUUCUUCUGAAUCUAAAAAAUGGUCAAAUCAUGUCCGAAUUUCACGACUAUGUGCGACCAAUCGAAAAUCCAAAUCUCUCCGAAUUUUGCACAAGAUUGACCAACAUUUCACAACAGCUGAUCGAUGAAAAAGAUUGCUUUCCCACAGUUUAUCAGCGGUUUGACGCGUGGCUCAAAAUGCAAUGUAAUUUAAAGCAAUUAAAAUUAGCAACGCCCGAUGAAAGAUACGCUCAAAAUGGUUGUAAUGCGACGUUUUGUUCAUGGACCAGCUGGGACUUGGGAUUCUUGUUCCGUUUAGACUGUGCACGCCAUAAUAUCGAACAGAAUGAACAUUUCAGCGCAUGGAUUGACGUUAGAAAAAAAGUUCAAAGACAGUUUUUGGAUCAAUACACAUUCGCGGAAGCAAUGAGGUUUUUAAACGUUCCACAAACUGGAAAUAAACAUUCAGCUAUUGACGAUGCAAGAACCUUGGCUGAUAUGGUGGCGGCUCUUUAUAAAAAUGAUGUACAAUUUUAUAAAGCGACUGAUAUAAGACUUGCUUCAUUUGAUGUAAUGGGUUUUUAAAUUUUAAUAGAGAAUAGAAAAUUGAACUGUUAACAGAAA